GAGAAAGUGAGCGAGCGAGCGAGCGAGACGGCCACUCGGGAAGGUACCGAGGAAGCGGACUGCCCCUUCGUGCUGCGUACAAUUUCUGUUUGGUUUUCUGCAGUUGUCUACCACGGUCGGCCAGCCACCUCAAUGAAGAAGCACCAACCGGCGGGCUGCUGCCCUGCACGCAACACCCGAGACGAUUGGCGCCGCAGCCGUUAACUUUUCAAGCACCACAGGGGAAUGCGGUGGACUCCCGCUGUUUGUGUCCGGGAAUGGCCAACCUGUGGACAAGCGGCUUGAUGCUGCUCACUCUGCUACCCCUCGGAGGCUCCGUGUGCCCCGACCGCUGCGACUGCCAGCAGCCCCAGCACCUCUUGUGCACCAACAGGGGUUUGCGAGCCGUGCCUAAGUCCACCGACCAGAACCCAGAGGAGAUUCUCAUCUACAGCCUGGGAGGAAACUUUAUUCACAACGUGUCCUCCUUCGAUUUCAUUCGCUUCAGCCAGCUGAUCCGACUGGACCUGCAGUACAAUCAGAUCCAGCUUAUUCAUUCGAAAACUUUCGAGAAGCUUAUGCGGUUGGAGGAGCUCUAUUUAGGCAACAACUUGGUAGGCAGCUUGCCUCCAGGUGCCCUGUUGUCCCUGAGGAAGCUGCGCAUUUUGUACUUGAACAACAACGAGCUGAAGAAGCUGACGCAGGACGUCUUUUCCAGGUUGGACAGCCUGAUAAAACUGCGGCUGGACGGCAACGCAGUGGAAUCCCUGCAGGAAGACCUCUUUCAGUCCUUGACUAACCUUCUGUACCUGCACCUGGAGUCCAACCGAAUACGCUACGUGCACAAGAACGCCUUUGCCAAGUUGGCCAAGCUGCGUUUCCUCAACCUUUCUGGCAACAAGCAGACGGCGCUACGCAACUCACACACUUUCGCGCCGUUGAGCUCGCUGACCACGCUGCUGCUGUCGGAGAACGACAUCCAGCUUGUGGGGAAUCGAGUGUUUGAAAGCCUUCAGAAGCUCUCUAAACUUUCCCUGAGCAAUAAUAAAAUUAGUAGCCUGGCCGGUGAGGCCUUUAAGGGUCUAUCGAGCCUCAGGGAGUUGCUUUUGGAUGGCAACCUCCUGGCAGACAUCCCCCAGGGACUGUUUGACUCCAUGGUGAAGCUGGAGCAGCUGGACCUUAGCAAUAAUUUGAUCUCAAGUGUCCACCCCAGUGCACUUAAGGAGUUGAAAGCACUAAAAGUGCUAAAGCUUAAAAAUAACCGCCUCACGGCUUUGUCUGGGGAGGUAUUUUCUUUCAAUGGUGGGCUUUACAGCUUGGACUUGAAUGACAAUAUGUGGACUUGUGACUGCAGACUCCUGCAGCUUAAGGAGUGGAUGAAUUCAGCUCACUCCCAGGGAAAGCUGCUUACAGUAUUUGUUCAGUGUUCCCACCCUCCACUUUUGAAAGGGAAAUACUUGGACUAUUUAAACAGUUCUCAGCUGCAGUCCACAGGUAGUGUCCCAGAGGCCUGCUUAUUUACUCUGCCAGAUUCUGCCAGCUCCCUGACCCAGGUCAGUGAGAAACAGGAGCUGCUGCCAGCAGGUCAGCAGAAUAUUCAGGCAGACCAGGGUGGACCCGGAGAGCCAGACACUAGCAAAACAGGCAAGCCAAAGCGAAAAAAGGAGGCUGGUAACAACCGGUCCCGACUUUUGACAACUGUGAAGUCAGUGCUUACUAAGGAUGCCUCUCCUGGCAAAGCAAGAUCUGCUGAUAAAAACAUCACAUUGAAAGCUACAGUGGAGGAAAGCAUACCUUCCCCUGGAACAUCUACAUCCCACCCUGUUCAAGCUAAAGCUGAGAAAUUUAACCUACUUCAGCAAGAUGGGAUGGAGCUCCCCAUGGUGAGCGACCCGUGUGAGUUCAACAGGCACUUUAUCCUUAAUAUCACAGCAGAGCACGUGGCUACCAAUACAGCGACCAUUCGGUGGAAAGUUCUUGCCCACCAAGGCCCCAAGAACUCCUUGGUGCAUUUUAGGGUCCUUUUUGAUAGGUUUGGCCAACCUGUAAGAUUUCAUCGUUUCAUUUAUGUCAGAGAUCGGUCAAACACAAUCACUUUGCAGGAAUUAAAGGAAGACACCACAUACAUGGUAUGUAUCGAGAGUGUGAUUGCCGAGCAAGUGUGCCAGGUUGCCUCUAGAGAUCAUUGCACAGGGGUCGUAACACUGCCUGAGCAAAAAAAAAUAGUGGAUUUCCAGCUGCUGACAGUAAUUAUGCUCGGUAUAAAUGCUUUCCUCGUUUUUAUGGUGGCAUCUGUGUGGAUCACUAAAUUGCUGAGAAAAAGACUCAACAAAAGGAAGUCGGCAGUUCAUGUGAGACAGAUGUAUUCAACAAGGAGGCCUCUGCGCUCCAUGGGCACCGGGGUGUCUUCUGACUUUACAGGAUACCAGUCAAAUCGCCCUCGAAAUGCCAUGUGCACCAUUGAUGAGGCUGAUCUAAUUGAAUUCCCAUGUGACCGAUUUCUGGAAAGCAAUCUAAGAAGGGAAGAGGUAAUUCAGAGAUUCCCUGAUUAAAAUUUGCACCAUGGAAUUCUCACAUGUUCUUACAGACAUCUUUUAGUUUAUGUAAAAUUUGAUGCUCUUAAGUGGUGUUUACACUUUUUAUAACAAAAGAAAACAAUUAAUCCCUUGAGUUCACAUUCAUCAUCAUGAUGAUUAAAGUUAUACAUUUACAUCCAGCUAUUGCAAAAAAAGAAAAAUAAAACAAGCCCGGUACCUGAAAUAAAGGUAUUAUUUUUCAAAUCUAUUGUUUGUCUUUUGGAAACAAAAUAGUUGGUUUAGUUUGUAAGGGAAUAUAAUUAGACGAAAACCAGAGACAUUGUUUGACUAAGGUAAUUAGAAACAGGCCUGACAAGCCAAGAGAUAAAGAACUGCUUUUUAUCUCAGUAUAUGUAUGCAUUUUCAUAUUUUUAUAAACUGUAUGCAAUGGGUACUGUUCUCUUCUUAAAAUGUAAUUAUUUUUGAAAAAAGACAUGGGUAACAUUGUUUUCAAUUUUAUAUAUUAAAAAACUGAGAACAAAACAGUUAAAAGUAGGAGUCCCAUUCCACCUUGAAGAACAGUAAAAUAGAGGCUUUAUCCGUGUGACUUUUUUUCUUUUAGCUACCAAAAUUUGUAUUUAGGUGUUUUAAAAUUGAGAUGCUUGGUAUCUUAGUUCUAAACCUAACCUAAACAUCUGUUCCACUGUUAAGUGCUUUAUAAGGGUUAUAAGAAGUGGCCUUUACAUGUAAUAUGCUGUAUUUUAUCUAAUGUACACAUUAAACAUUUAUACACACACAAUUCAUAAUUUUACUGAAAUUCCAACACAAUGAAAUAAAAAUAGCUUCUAGAAUUAAUCUGUAGAAUCAAAUAUCAUGUCAUUCAUUAUACUGAUGCAGAAUAUUGCUAAUUUAGUUGGAAAGAAAAUAUAUUUAAUUUUAAGACGAUUGCUGUUGCAAUUAGUCUUAGUAUCUGAUCAUUUUCCAAAGAAAGCACAGAAUGUAUUACUUGUGUUAUUGUGUAAGAGAGGAACUGCUUUGACUAAGUUAAUUAGGUUACUUUGAGCACUGUCUCAAGCUCCUAAAAGCAUGAGAUCGAUUUUAAAUUCCCCCUGCAACCCUGACUAGCCUGAGUGGGUUAGAGGAAAGAUGCAUCAAAUUAUUUAAACAAGUGCAUAUAAGUUAAAACAAUAAAAACAAAUUUAUCAACCACCA